AUGUGUGAAGAUCGGAAACCACGACAAUCCGCGCGUGGCCACCCGGUUUGGCGGCGAAAUGGUGGACGCCAUGAACAUGCAGAACAUGUUGUUGCCCAGCGUCGCGUACACGUACAUGGGCGAGGAGAUCGGCAUGUCGGACACGGCCAACAGACGGUGGACCCGAGGGGUCGGAACGCUGGACGGAAGCAGCACUGCAGCCACUGCACCGUGUACAAGCCGUUGGCCGAGCUCCGGGAGACCCGGACGGUGCAGCGCGGUUCGUUCGACGGCAAAGAUCUGUCCCAGUGUGUGUACGCGUUUACCAGGUCACUGCCGUCAGCAGAAACUUACCUGGUGGUAAUUAACGUGGGCUCCGAGGACGAACAUGUUGACUUGAGUAAUUGGCCAACUUUGGAAAAAGACGAAACGUGGCAGGUACACACGCCAAGCGACAAUGCACAAUACUCAAUAGGAUAUUCAUUUGAAACAAAUGGAUUCACAUUGAGACCAAAAUCUGCCAUUGUUUUGUGUGACAAAAAAGAAUUAUCAUCAUCAUCAUCAUCCUCCUCGUUGCCAAGCAAGUCGAUAUCUCCAUCUUCACUGGUGUGUAUUUUGGAAAUGUUGGUGCCCGCCUUGUUUUUCACAUUUGCCCACUAUAUUUUACCAGACGAGUGA